GUUUUGUGAGAAUAAAUAGUUCAACUAGAUAGUUCAUAUUAUUUGCUCAUUUGAAAUGUGUGAGAUCAUUUGUAUGUACUGUAUAAGAUGCCUAAUUCAGAGGAGAAUAAAGUGACAUGUAACGUAAUUAUCAAUUAAAACAGUAAAACUUGUAACUUAAUAUUCCAUUUUUCUAAAGGACUAAAAGAUUGUUCUCAGUAUUAUAUAAUAUUACAAUUCUUAAAUGCAUUUUAUGGCAGUAUGUUUCCUCUUUCAGCCAUUUUAUUGUCACUGCAGGCUAAAGGUUGAUCAGGUUGAAAAUGGUUAUGUAUCUUUCGAUAAUUUUUUUAUGAAGCACUCCGAUUUGUCUGGAAGAAAGUGAAAGUGUGAGAUUUUACAAACUUGUUUUUUUUUUUCUUAGUACAGUCCACAUUACACUGAGCAUCUAUCAAAACAUAGCUGUUCUGUUAUCAGCAGUUGUUUCAAUAUCAUGAAAAAUGCAUUUGAAUCUGGAUAUGAAGCUGUCAUUCAGUGGGAAUAUUUUUAAAAAUGUUUUAUGGGGUAAAGACUCGCUGUAGCACUGUUCCCUGAAUCUUUGUUUUGGUCAUCGUGCUUCUGUAAAGCUACAGUAUAUUUUCUACACUUUUGGGACACCCCUCAAACAGUCUGAGCCAAUCAGCAAAGGCAGAGCAGUGGUUUCCAGGAAACUGGCCUGCUGUCAUUUUAUCAGCGGUUCACAGUUCACAAUGUCACACACGAACACCAGUGGCAGUGAGCAAAACUCUCUUACAACUACGUAAGCUUGUUCAAAGUGGUAGACACUCUUAUCUAUUGUUUUUGAUGCAGUACGCAGACCAGAGAAUUUGUCCAACAAUGAUAAAAUAUUCUUAAAUAACGUAUUAGUAAAUAUUUCUUCCAUAACGUGAGAGACAGGCAUCAACUGUGAUGGUCAACCCAUAUGAUGCAUGCACUCACUCCUCAGUAGAGGAGCAGGCUGUGAUCCAUUCCCAUUCUUCUCUGAGACCUUCAAUUCCCAGGGUUGCCCAGAACCAUCCACCACCCAGAGUUCCCAUAACCAGCAACCCAAAGCGCUGGGUGAUGAAGCCCUUCUCCCCUAAGCUAGAGCAGUCAGAUUUGCGCUCCAUUUUGAGUCCUACAGGCCAACCACAGUCACUAGAGAACACAUGGAGUAACGAUGGUGACUCUUUCAAGUUCAGCUUUGAAAGCAUAACAGUAACAGACAUGCAGCCCACUGUGAUAGUGUCCUCUGGGUAUGGCAAUAGUCCUCCAGAUGUGGUGGUCCAGGCUAAGCAAGUGGCUGUGUCUGAGGAUGGAAGUGACGGUGAAGACUUUAGGCCCAGUACUCCAAGCAACCCCAGCAGCCCUGAAACAGCCAGCAGUACAGGCUCACAUGUUGGAUUCUAUUCCUUUGUAGAUGACCCAGGAAGUCCAGAAGCAGAGAUGAAUGAGGUCUACAUGGUUUCUCCACAAAGGCAGGCCAAGCUGAAUACCCUGAAGGAGAAGAGCACCUUUAAGCUACAAACAUACACAGAGGACAAGAUACCUGGAAGGCUUUUCGAAGAAACUAAUGGAGAUGACCAUUACCGAAUCAAGGAUGCCUCCAUAGUGAAUGAAGAGGAGGAAAAUUCAGACCGAAUGGAGAUCAUCCGGAAUCAGGCACCCAAGAAAAGCCCUGCUCUUAAAAAGCAGUGGAGUUCCUUAGAAAGUCUGGACUUAAGUAACCCACCACAAAGCCUCCUGCAUGGGUUUAGUCUAAGCUACAAACCAGUGAGUGAGAAGACUGAAGAAGCCAGGGUGGAGCCUGGCACCAUAGACAGUGAGCAAAUUGACUUAAAUGCAGCACGAAAGCAGUUUCUAAUGAUGGAACAAUCAAAACAGAACCCCUUCCUACAGAGUCCUGAGCGGCUCCCUUAUUUCCCCAAACUGCGGGGAAGAACUCUAUCCUCAACAGCCAGCAUCUUCACUCUAAGACAAGUAAGCAAAGAGAACAGCCUAGAGGAGAAUGGGGUCCCACAAGCAACACAACAAGAAAUAGAAAAAAAGACUGAAACUGUGACUCAGAAUUCAAAAAAUGGAGGUGCCUUAGAUGAUGUUGAUUUUGGUCUUGGUGACCGAAGUGGAGGAUACGCCAGUGAUGGUAGCAUUUCGAAUGAUCCUUCCAUUUCAGAAAUGGAGAGCAGCUUGACAAUGUCAAGUGCAGAGGAGACUCCCAUUCAAAGGGAAAUCAGAAUUUCCCAACAACGGGAAGAGAGUCUACGUCGAUCUAGGGGUAUCUUGCACAAAGACAAUUCAGAGAUGGUGGAGAUCAGGAUAAAGCCAAUUCUGUCCCUAUCAUCUCCACAGGUGAAAGCUGCGAAACCCAAAGAACCCAACAGAGUAAGUUUCCAUAUUCAGAGAGUGCGUGAGCUUGAGAAACAGCGACAGAUCACAAACAGUGUUUCAAGCCAUGAUACCCAAGAGAACCAAGUACAGGAGAAUAAGAAGUCAUUUGAGUCACAACCGGAUGAAAUUCUAGUCCCAUCUUUGGGGGCAUGUCUAAGAGAAAGUCCCACAACUGAUUUAGAGCAAAGCACAGUCUCUGCAGAUGACAAGCUUAUUACAGAGAAACCUGCACUAGUAGAGGAAGGUGACCUUUGGGACUCAAGGGAAGUUCUUUCACCUUGCUGUCCUCAUCGACAUCCUGAUGAAUCUAUCCUUCAGAGAAACUUUGACAGCAGCACUUUUGGAAACCAAGUACAAGUAAGUGCAUAUCCUGAGGACCAUUUUAAAGCAAACAUUCAUAAAGAAAAUGGUGUAGAGUGCCAAACCAAUACCCUCAAAACAAAGAAAGAGUCAUCCUGGAUUGUGGAAAAUGACAACAGCAUGUCAGGAAGGAACAGGCUUUAUUCUCAAAAUUCUCCGUCCCCACUGGAACCUGCAAAAAGUAGUCGUUACACUCCUACCUGGAAAUCUCACCUCGAGUACACCGACUGGAGCCCCAAAAUGCAGAAUGCCCCAAACAGCAUCCGUCAGGAAAUUGAAGAAGACCUCAGACGAGAACAAGAGCUCCAAGAGCUGAGAGAGUCCAGUAGUCAGUCUUUCUCAGUACCCAACCUAGCAUCCGUCAAUCCAGUGCUAAGUUACUCUGAAUCCAGGUCUCCUCUAUCCAGCAAGGAAACUGAAUUUUCACUACAAACUCCACAUGGGAACAUGGCAGAAGUGGAUUCAGUAUUUUCAGAAAAGAAAACUAAUUACAGUAAACCAUAUUCUGGGAGUCUGGACACUUCUCGAUCAUCCAUGACAGAUAAAAGUUCACAGUUGUCCUCACCACGACCCACUUUUAGACUUCCCUCUGUGUCAAUUAUGACACCCCAGCCAUGGGGCAGCCUAAAACCCAUGUCCCCAACUGUUUCCCGGACAACCCCCAUCAAGCCCUUGAGUGCGAUUGCUGACCUGUCCUCGCCUUCUUCCCAGAAAGGUCUGACUGAGACACUGCUAAAGGACUUUGAGGACAGACGGGUCAAACUGAAGCUAGAAGAAAGUGCAUAUGCUGGGAUCCAACCUAUUGAUGCCAUAAACAAUGAGGUUGUAGUGGCCACCCGUGUAAUAAGGCAUAAAAACCAACGAGCCCUGCAGUGGGAGGCAGGCAUGUACGCCAACCAGGAGAGCUAAUGAAUCAGCACCGACAUAACAGGACACACCAGAAAUCAUCUUCAGAUGAGAAGGACUGGUUUUAAUUCCACAUUACACUUACAAGCACAUUUCUCGUGUCAUCUCACCAUAUAAACUCAAUGAACAUGAAACAUGGACAUUGCUUCCAUCUCACUCAGUUUAGCCGGCUGUUCUGAAUUGACUGGUGUGGUGGAAAUAGGUGUAAGUGUGGAGAGCAUCUUACCUGCUUGCAUGGGGUGAUUUGUAAGCUCUAGCAAACUGGAUCAUGGAAAUUUUCUUUAUUUCUCCGCCCAGUACUAACCAUCAUUAAUACUUAUAAAAUAUACACAUUUAUACAAAUCUGUCAUCUGAAAAUAACACAUUAGACUGUGUUCCAGAUUAUUCAUGUCACUAACCUUAAAAUCCCCAGCACUUAAAUGGAUAGACCAGCUUGCUUUUUAUACAAGGAAUAAAACCAAGCAAAGUAGAAUCACAGAGCUGGGUUCCUGCAUAGAGAGGAGGGACUGUGAGAAUUCAUUUAUACACAAGCCUGUUGAUCUAACAAAGUGGUCUUUAUUUUGAAAUAAUGUUGACUCUUGCUUUCCACUGAAAAAAAUAUAAAAUAUCAAUAGAAAAUUUUAUUUUGUAUUGAAUAUUGUUAAAAUAUCAAUAGAAGAUUCUUUUUGUAUUGAAUAUUGAAGAUUCAUAAAGUUGCACUGGAGAUUGUUGAUGUAUUGUAAAUGCAAUAUGAUAAUUGUUUUUUAUGUACAAUCUACAUUACAGAUUAGACAUUGUAAAUUAUGUCUAGUGAGCACUAGUCCAGUACCUUUAACGUAUACCUUCAUAAGCAGCAAAAAAUACGUGCAAUAUCAGUCUUGUUGUGUUUUCUAACUUCUUGUAUGUUAAAGUGCCAGCAAUAUUGUAAUCUCACUAAUUAAAAACCCUCAUAAUAAUGGCAUACUUGCUGAACAUUCUUCCUUCACGUGGUUUCCCUUUAAUGAAAACCCCUGUGCAAUACUUCAGAUAAACUAAUUUAUUAAGCUAAA